AUCUCCUGUAGUAUCGUUGGUGUACCCGAGGACGUGUUUUCUGUGCAACUCAAUGAGAACGAGUCCGUGCAUGACUUGAAGACGGCGAUCAGCGCGGAAAAGCAGGAUGACUUGAAAAACGUCGCUGCCUACCGGCUGCGGCUUUUCCUGGCAAAGAAGGAUGACGGCGAGUGGCUGACGAUAAACGACGUGAAGAACGGCGCGCGA